AUGGGGGCAGAGCCACAUCAUUCCCGAAGCUUAAUCAACAAAAUCUACGCUCCAAUCGCAAACGAAUUCCCCUUUGCAACUCCUCUUCCUUCCCUCCGAACAAACGAACUUCAACUCGUGCGGUGCGUUUUACGAAUGCUGCAAGGAUUUUCGUCUUCCUUAUUCUCAUGGGAUCACACUGAAAACCGUUUUCGUAUCAAUAGCGGAGUCUACGUCACGCAUUUGUCCUUGAAGAGUCUACAUUCACUCCUCAAUCAGUUUAUUCACGCUGCAACGUGUCUUCAACUCGUGGAGAUUACUAUCAGAAGGAUUGAAACUGCUCUGCCGAGACCUCCUCCCACCUUGAAAGCGUUUGUUACUUCUGCUUCAGCGUGGCUUAAGCGGUUACGGAAUAUUGCAUUGAAGGAGGAAGUGUCUACAAGCAAUGCAGAUGGCAUAUCCACUCCUACUUUGUUAGGAUUCAAAAAUUCUUUAUCAAGUCUUUGCUCGGGAGCGGAGUUCCUAUUGUUAUUAGUUCAUGAGGCCAUCCCUGAUGUAUAUUUCGAGUUUGGGGCAUCUGUACCUGCAGCAGACUUGGCUGUUCAUGUUCUUGACUAUCUUCACAAGAAGCUUGAGGAAAUGUGUCUUGUACAAGGUGGUGAGGAGGAAGCUUAUCUUAUGGUGCUUUACAUGUAUGUGGGAAGCUUGUUGCCAUAUAUCGAGGGUCUUGAUUCCUGGCUUUUUGACGGAAUACUUGAUGAUCCUUCUGAUGAGAUGUUCUUUUUUGCUAAUAAAGAAGUCUCAGUUGCCGAGGCUGAGUUCUGGGAGAAGAGUUAUCUAAUAAAAAAGCUACAACAUGGUAAGUUAGAUACCGAGUUGUCCUCUACAAAUUAUGCUGGUGAUUCCAUGUCAGCAUCAAAUGCGAAGAAAGAAACAGGCAUGAGGGGUUCCAUCUCUUUGUCUAGUACAAUUAAAGGAAUAGGGCAAAGCAUUAGAGACUGUCCAGCCUGUCCUUUGUUUAUUAAGGAAUUAGCUAAGUCAAUUGUUUCUGCUGGAAAAUCUUUGCAGCUGAUGCGCCAUGUCUCGAAUUCCUUAGCAGUAUAUAGCAAAGGAAGUAGUUGUAAGUUUGGAAGUACCAAAUCAUCAAACAAUGGUUUCUCUCCUUCUCAUAGAGUGGCCGGGCUAACGCUGUCAGAAAUUUUUUCCGUAUCACUAGCUGGACUUAUUGGCCAUGGUGACCAUGUUUGUAAAUUCUUUUGGCAAGAUGAUUGGCACGAAGCUGUUUCUGUUUCUUCUUUUGUAUCUUAUUUAAAUUUAAAUGCGGAAAAAUCAGACAAUGAAAACUUAACUGCUCCACCAUACUCAGAGAAGAUUUGGUAUAAGUUUUUGAUUGAUACAUUAUUUCAAAAAGGAUCAGCUGAUUUGAAGCCAAAAUAUGAAGACAUAAAUAAUGGCAAUGGAGAUUCAGCCGGGGAUAAAGUUGUUAAAGACGAAUUGUUUCUCUUGAGAUCAUGCUUAAUAAAUCCAGUUGUUACCGUUUGUCACAAAACAAUUGGAAACAAUGAGGAUGCCUUGAAAACAUUGAAUUUAUCUCGAAAAUUCUGCUUGCCUUCUUUAAAUGAUGAGGGUUUAAGAAAGGCAAUAUUUGGUGGAGAAAGUACACCGUUUUCUGAUAGUGAAGGAACAGACUAUACUUUUGGUUUUCAGUAUGAUGAAUCCAAAUACACUCACUCACAUGAUAAUAGAAGGCUGUUAGAAAAGCUGUUUCCUUUUCCCACCAUAUUGCCUUCAGUUCAGGAUGAUCUUCCUGUGUCAGAGCUCCUGCCUUUCCAGAGAAACAGCACUCUUCCUUCAAGAGUUCUUCACUGGGUGCAAAAUGUUGACCUUAGAACAACUCCACCACCUCUGGUUAUUAUGCAGUACUGUUUAACUGCCUACAUUCAGAAACAGGUAGAUUAUAUUGGAGUGAAUAUGUUGUUAAAAUUGAUGAAUGAAUGGAGGUUGAUGGAUGAGCUUGCAGUGUUGCGAGCUAUAUACUUGUUAGGUUCAGGUGAUUUGCUACAACACUUUUCAACUGUAAUUUUUGAUAAGUUGGAUAGGCGUGAAACAUGGGAUGAUGAUUUUGAAUUAAACACAAUAUUACAGGAAUCAAUCAGAAAUUCUGCUGAUUGUAUGCUGUUAAGUGCUCCGGAUUCAUUGGUGGUGUCAAUCACCAAAGAUAUUGCUGAGAGUAAUGUCAAUAACUUCGGGAUUAACGGCCUUGAUAUGCUAAAAUUCACAUAUAAGGUACCUUGGCCUCUUGAACUCAUUGCAAACGCAGAGGCAAUUAAGAAGUACAACCAGGUUAUGCGGUUUUUGCUGAAGGUCAAGCGUGCAAAGUUUGUUUUAGAUAAAGUGCGGAGAUGGAUGUGGAAGGGUAGGGGGUCUACAACAAAUAACAAAAAACGUCAUUGGUUAGUGGAGCAGAAACUCCUUCAUUUUGUGGAUGCUUUUCACCAAUAUGUGAUGGAUCGGGUAUAUCACAGUGCAUGGCGUGAACUAUGUGAAGGUAUGACUGUGGCCAAAUCUCUGGAUGAGGUCAUUGAAGCCCAUGAGGCUUACAUUUUGUCGAUUCAGCGGCAGUGCUUUGUGGUUCCUGAUAAACUGGGGGCUUUGAUUGCCAGCCGCGUUAAUAUCAUUCUUGGUUUAUCUUUAGACUUCUAUACCAUACAACAGACAUUAAAAAGUGGCGGAGCUGUUUCUGCAAUCAAGACAAAGUGUGAGAUGGAAGUCGAUCGAAUAGAGAAACAGUUUGAUGAUUGCAUUGCGUUCCUACUUAGGGUUUUAUCGUUCAAACUAAAUGUAGGGCAUUUCCCUCACUUGGCUGAUUUAGUCACCAGAAUUAACUACAACUAUUUCUAUAUGUCUGCUAAUGGGAAUUAA